AUGGACAUUGACCUGUUAAAGUCUUCGUCAUCCGAUGAUCAGAUUGAGAUGAUGAUGAUGAUGCAGAUGGACAAGCUCCCCGACUUCUGCGGAGUACCCUACAGCGACGUCUCCGACCUGCCACCAAUAGAUUUUAGUCCCGGUGGAAGCGGCGGCGGCCACAACAACAACCUUGGCGCCACGCCGCAAAUUAUCGAUAAUUCAACUACCGUUGCUUCAUCAACAUUCAUGAACCUACCAUGUACCAUAUCAUUCGGCGGCAUAGCCCCGGUUCAGGAGCCGGCGGCGGUGGUGCCACCUUAUAUGUCCAGCGGCGGGAGGUGGAGGAAUGGGGAAUUAUCAUCGGGUGCAAGUUGUGGUGGUGGUGGUGUUGGUGGUGCAUCUUUUCCUACGCAGUCACAGAAGCGGAACUCGAUGGCGGCGAUGAGGGAGAUGAUAUUCCGGAUAGCGGCCAUGCAGCCGAUCCACAUCGACCCGGAAUCGGUGAAGCCGCCCAAGCGGAGGAACGUGAAGAUAUCCAAGGAUCCGCAGAGCGUGGCGGCGCGUCACCGAAGGGAGAGGAUCAGCGAGAGAAUUAGGAUACUUCAGAGACUCGUCCCCGGAGGCACCAAAAUGGACACCGCCUCCAUGUUGGACGAAGCAAUUCACUAUGUUAAAUUCUUGAAGACGCAAGUGCAGUCGCUGGAGCGAGCCGCCGCUAAUAGGCCGCCGCCGACCGGGAUGGGGUUUCCGGUGGCCAUGUCGAGCGGGAGUUAUCUACCGAUGAUGCCUAAGGCUUAUCAACCAGCUCAAAAUGCUCAGCAUUAUGGAGAUACUUAG